UAUAAAUGCAGCCGAGGGGACAGAAUCUGCUGCAGUCAAAGAUGUUUGUCCUCCUCUUCAGGACGUCUGCUCUCGCUCUACUCCUCGUCCUCAGCGCCGCCGCCGGGACGUCCCGGAUGGGACUCCACGCCGCUGCUGGUGGGACGUCCCGGAUGGGACCCAAUGGUGCUGGUGGGACGUCCCAGGGGGGACUCAAUGGUGCUGGUGGGACGUCCCAGGGGGGACUCAAUGGUGUUGGUGGGACGUCCCGGAUGGGACCCAAUGCCGGCCCUGGUGGGACGUCCCGGGGGGGACUCAACGGUGCUGAUGGGACGUCCCAGGGGGGACUCAACAACGCUGCUGGUGGGCCGUCCCUGGGAGGACCCAAUGCCGCCCCUGGUGUGACGUCCUGGACAGGACUCAACGCCGCCGCUGGGACGUCCCGGAGAGGAAUCAACGGCGCCGCUGGAGGGACGUCCCGGGGGGGACUCAGCGGUGCUGACGAGACAUCCUGGAAAGGACUCAACGCCGCCGCUGGUGGGACAUCCCAGAGAGGACUCAGCAGUGCUGGUGGGACAUCCCAGAGAGGACUCAGCAGUGCUGGUGGGACGUCCCAGAGAGGACUCAACGCCGCUGACGGGACGUCCCGGGGGGGACCCAACGCCGCUGACGGGACGUCCCGGGGGGGACUCCGCUGCCGGGAGGAGAUCACCGGCGAGAUGCUCCGGGACCUCUGGAUCCGAACCAUACAGCUCAUCAACAAGCUGCCGAAAGAAGAGAAAUUCUUGAGGCGAGAGAGACUUCUGCCCAAGUUCUGCACCAAAUGUUCUGAGCGUGUGAUUGGCUGGCUGGAGAUGCGGGAAGUGAUGGACGUGUACCAGAGGAGCGUGUUCAGCAGACCGGCGGUCCAGGAUCUCCUCCCCCCCCACUACAACGACCUGCUGUACCGGGUCCAACUCACACUGCAGCACUGUGUUUCUUCACUAAACCUUCAAAAUGGUUCAAAACCAUCAAAAAGCUGGAAAGAAAAUUAAAAAGAGGAGGCGAGACCAGGGAGCGCUGAAGGCCGUCGGAGAGUUCACCUUCGUCCUCCGAUGGAUUAAUGAGCUGGCUCAGCACCACAUCCUGUAGAUCUUCAUCAUCCUCAUCCUCAUUAUCAUCACUUCUGUUUUAUUUUGAAAAUCUCCCUGUC